UUUAACCUACACCUACAACAUUAUAGUAGACGAUAGUUGGACAGACGUAUUAUAUAUAGUACAACUAUGUUUAGAAAUGUUUAGUAAACUAAAAUAUAAAAAUGUAAUUUUCAAAAGUUAACCACUGAUUUAUAUUAUAAUUUUUAAAUACUUGUUUUUUUUUUCUUUUUAAGCGUUCAUUCAUUCAUUAUUUAGUCUAGUUAACAUGUACUUAUUUCUACAUACUAUACUACCCUGAAAUGAUUUAUAUUAAUGAUGAAAAGUAAAAUGUGAUUGGUCAAUGCUAAAUUAUUUAAUUGACCAAUCAGAUAAAAGCUUCAAGUUUCUUUUUUUAAUUUUUUUUCCAAAAUCAUUUAAUAAUAUCAGAUUGAAAAUAAAUGACUAUUAUCCAGUUUCAUAUAAAUAUUAUUGAAUAUGUGAUGAAAGGAUAUUUUAUUAAUAUGGAAUAGAAUAAAAUUAAGAAAGAACAAAACGGAUCAUAUUAACAUAAACAUCAUUAAAACAUAAGGUUAAUCAGUCAAUUGUUAUUGUUUCUCAUUUAAAUAAACAAUCUAUAAAUGAAUCUAUAUGAUUCUAUAUAUUUAUUUUCAAUGAAAUGAUUUAAAUGUAUAUCAAUAACAAAUUUGAUAAUAAUGAAUUUAAGUAAUAUCAGUAGUAUUAAUAGUUUAAUUAUAAAAUUAAUCUAUUUUAUUAUAUUUAUAUGUAUGAUUAAUGUAAUGGAAUUUCAUUAUAUACAUAAAAAUUCUAAUGAAACUCAAUAUUUAGAAGAGAUUCAAUUGAAGAAAACUAAUUUAACAAGUAAAGAAUCAUUAUAUUCAACUGUUACAUAUAAUAAUCUAUCGGACAAUAACAUUGACAACAUUAAUCUCAAAGACGUAAAUUAUUCUAACUAUAAUUUACCAAUGAAAAACACAACCAUACAAUAUGAUAACAUAUCAACAGUAGCAUCUACAGAUGUACAUUCACAGUCUGUUGGAGCUAAUAAUAGUACUACUACUACUGCUAAUAAUAAUAAUAAUGACGGUAAUGUUAAUAAUAACAGUAAUACACAUUCAAUAGCUCAAAUCAGUCAGAUAACCAUAGAUAACAAUCAACAUAAAAGUGAUAAAGUGAAGAAAAAUCUUUUGAAACUACAAAGCAAGCAUAAAAGUAUCACCAAUUCAAGCAUUAAAUUUAUGCGUUACAAUACUGGUGAUACAAUACAAUUGAAAUGUCGAAUACCUAAAGGUCCAUAUCUUGUAUUAUGGAAUAAACUAGGAUUAGAUUACCCAUUAACCAUUGGGAAAAAUCGUUUUAUACCAGAUGAACGAUUUGAAAUACAAUAUAAACCACCGAAUCGUUGGAAUCUUAUCAUUUCAAAUGCUCAAUUGAAUGAUACAGGUGUAUAUUCAUGUACUCCCGGUUCAGGAAUAAGUAAUAGUCAUUCAAAUGUUAAUAAUAAAUCAGAUUUAAAACACCAUCAAGAAUAUCAACCACAGUCUGAGAAGAAUAGACAUAGAAUACAUACGGCAGUCACAGAUAGUACGACAACAAAGAAACAAAAUAAAGGUCGAGAAUAUUAUGUUUCUGUUGUUGAACCACUACCUUCAGAACGAUAUCAAGUUGAUGUACCUUUUAAUAAGAUUGGAAUGAAAAAUAAAACUAUAACUGUAACUGGUCCAAAUCUUGUAUUUUACGGUACCCCAUUAGAAUUAAUAUGUCGUGCUAGUUUUCCAUCAUCUGAAGCUAAACUUGAUCCAACAAUUUCAUUAGAAUGGUAUCAUCGUGGUGUACGUCGAUUAUCUCAUCCAUUUAGAUCAGGUGGUGUAUAUAUUACAAUGCAAUGGUUAGAUUCACAUUUAUUAGAAAGUAGAUUAUAUAUAGCAUGGGUAAGUGAAGCUGAAGCUGGUCAAUGGAUAUGUUUAGAAAGAUCAAAUCCAAUUAAAAAUAUAAAUUAUACAAAAUUAUCAUCAUCAUCAUUAUCAAUGUCAAAUUAUCAUAAUGUUCAAAUGAAUGAAUUUAAUAAACAAUCAUUUCCAUUAUAUCAUAAUACAUCUAUAAUAUAUAAUCCAUCAAAUAUUGAUUUGGUUUAUGAUAAGAUCUAUAUAGAAAUUAUAGACAUACCAGACACAACGCUUUCUGUACAAAUGACAACGCAAAGUACAAUAUUUACCGUUCCAACAGUUUUAUCUUCAUCAUCUCAACCAAAUGGAUUAUUGUCAUCAUCAUCAUCAUCAUCAUCAUCAUCAUCUUCAACAUCAACAUCAACAUCCCUAUCAUCAUCUUUAUCAUCAAUAGCAAAAUCAUCUUCAACAUUAUUCUCAUCUAGUUUUAAUCGAAAGUUUUCUAAAUCAAAUACAAAUGGUAUAUCAUCUAAACAUUUAAAUAAUAAACCUGAAAAAUUAUCAUUUAUAGAACGAUUAAUUAGAUCAAUGAAUCAUUGUACAAGAUUAAAAAUCAAUAAACAAAUAUUAUUGAUUUUCAGUAUUUUCAAUAGUUUAUUACUUAUAAAAUCUUUCAUAUCGAUUAAUAUUCUAUAAAUCAAUAAAUAUGAUUAGGUAUUUAUUUAUACUUGAAAACAAAUUCAUGUAUUAUUAUAAACAAUCAAUAUUAUUGAGAAAUUUAUUGACUUUUUUUAAAAAAAUUAUUUUUUGGCGCAUUUAUAGAUUUAAAGUAUUUUUUUGUUUGUUUUUCCUCUUUUCAACAUUUUUCUUUGAUCAAAUUAUUCUCUCAUUUAUUAUUAUGAUUAAAAAAGUGAUUUAAAUGAAUGUAAAUUUAUUGUUGUAUAGAAAAGAAAAUAUAUUUAUAAGUAGUAUUUUAAUACAUUUGAUCAAAAAUCUUGAUGGAGUUUUGUUCUCUUAUCAAACGAUCCAGCGCAGAGAACAAAACUUCAUUAAAAUCAUCUACAUAAGCUAUAAAUCUUCUCUAUCAUCUCAAGAUCAAAUAUCCGUAUAAUUUUAGUAAUGAUUAAAUGAUAAGAAAGAUUAAUAUAACUGAAUAUUGACUCAUAUUUGAAUCUUAUUUAGGAAUCAGUAGAUGAAUUCAUUUGUAUGUUUAUGUUAUUGUUCAUAAGUUUAGCCGGUAAAAGUUUAUACCAUUUGUGUUUGUCUAUCUCUUUAACUUGUUAUUAGUAUGGUAUUUGAUGCGAAAAAUUCUUCUAGAAUCUUACUUUAAGAAAAAUCUUGUUAAAUAUCUU